AUGAGGAGGGCAGCUGUGCGCGCAGCUGGAGCAGACGAGCGGGUGACCCUCACCCAUCCUGCCUCGCAGUACCGUUUUGGACCGGAGCUAUUCAUUCACAAAAGUAGCAUCUCACCUAGAGACUGUCAUACUGGGGCUCUGGCUCUGGCCUUUAGAAGCCCCCAAGGAGUCGUGUUCUUCUACCCCAUGACUCAGAGAAGACAGCUAGCUCUCCCCAUCUUCCAGAUCACGUUCCAGCCCAUCAGGGCCUGGGGAGGCACAGAAAGCUCAGCCUUGGUGUGCAAAGCUUUCCGCUGUGCCCACGUGCAUUUCGUCACAGCAGCUGGAGGGGCCGCUGACGGGGGAGGGACGGGCGGACAGCUGGGCACCCAGCCUGCGAGAGUGGUGGCAGGGGAGCAGAAAUUCAAGCAGGAGUGGGCAGGAGGUGCUGCUCCCCGGGAGGCGUGUGCCCUUCAAGUCGCCCAAGGAGGCUCUGAAGUCCCAGGCCUGGGAAGUCGAGACGCGAGGGCUGGAGUUUGGAUCACCACUCCUGAGCAUUCACAGCGUCGUCAGGGCAGAGAAGCAGAGAGGAGAGAGAGGAGACACAUGUGA